GACGCGAUCGCGUUUGACGCGGCGACCCGAACCUCCUCUCCCUCAAACGCCCAACAUGCGGAUAGAAGAACUGGUCCUCGAAGGCUUCAAGUCAUACCCUGUCAGGACUCAAAUCACGGGCUGGGAUCCCUCAUUCAACGCGAUUACGGGUCUCAAUGGCUCCGGCAAGUCCAACAUCCUUGACGCGAUAUGUUUCGUGUUGGGUAUCACGAACAUGUCCUCAAUGCGCGCCCAAAACCAGCAGGACCUCAUUUACAAACGCGGGCAAGCAGGUAUCACGAAAGCAAGUGUCACCAUCGUGUUCGACAACUCCGACCGCUCAACAAGUCCUGUGGGCUUGGAGAACUGUAAGCAGAUCACGGUAACGCGCCAGAUCGCCCUUCCGAACAUAUCCAAGUAUCUGCUAAACGGACACAAGUCCCAACAACAUACCAUCCAGACGCUGUUUCAAAGCGUCCAACUCAACAUCAACAACCCUAACUUCCUGAUUAUGCAAGGGAGGAUCACCAAGGUGCUCAACAUGCGCCCCCAAGAGAUCCUCGGGAUGGUGGAGGAGGCUGCCGGUACUCGCAUGUUUGAGGAGCGGAAGGACAAGGCCAAGAAGACGAUGGGAAAGAAAGACAAGCGCGUGCAGGAAAUUACUUCGCUCCUCGCGGAAGAGAUCGAGCCGAAGCUCGAUACCCUUCGGGAGGAGAAGCGCUCAUUUUUGCAGUGGCAGAAGUCAUGCUCAGAGCUGGAGCGCAUCGGGCGUGUCCUACGAGCCUGGGAAUGGACUGAAGGCCAUGAACGGGUGGCGAAGAAAGAGGCCGAGAUCCAGGCGAAGGAGAAGGAAACGAAGGGCGUGAAGAAGGGGAAAGAGCGGUGCGCGAAAGAGAUUGAGGCUGCGGAGAGGGAUGCGCAGGAGGUGGAAGCACAGAGAGAGAAGGAGCUGCGGAAAGGCGGCAAGUUCAAGAAGCUCGAAGACGAGGUCGCGGAGCUAGGGAAGGUGCUCGUGAAGAUCAAGACGCAAGUCGAGAUCAAGAUAAGUAUGAUCACGGACGAGGAGGAGAAGAUCAAGGGCCUGGAGAACGAGCUGGCUGAGUUAACGGACGCCCUCGCACGGAAGGGGUCUCAAGUCGAAGAGUUGACGGCAGCGCACACAAACGUGAAGGACAAGCAGACGGCGCUCCAGACGGCACUCACGAACUCGGAGGAGCUGCUACAGACCUUGCUCACAGGUCUUACAUCCAAAGGAACGAGCAACUCGGGCGGUGGGUACAUGGGCCAGCUCGCAGACGCGAAAGCUCGACUGGCACAGGCGAGCACGGAGGAGGAGCAGAGCAAGCAGAGGCUCGUCAUGAGUCAGAAGGAGCUCAAGGCGUUGGAGUCACGAUGGAAGGAGGUUGAGCGUGAGGCAGGUGAGGGGCAGAAACGGCUGAAAGCCAUGCACGCCGAGGUCGAGAGCUUCCGGAAGAAGGUCGCCCAGGCUGGCUGGAGCGAGGAGAAGGAGCGCGAAGGCGAGAUGGCGCUGAGGAAUGCGAAAGCGGAAGUCCGACAGCUGAUGGAGGAGCGUGACGGGAUGAAGAGGCAUUUAGGACCGAACUUGAAUUUCGAAUAUACCUCACCCCCAAAUUUCGACGACGCGAAGGUCAAAGGUCUCGUAGCAAACCUCGUCUCGCUGAAACAGGAGGACUACAACAAAUGUACUGCUCUCGAGAUCACAGCAGGGGGUAGGCUGUACAACGUCGUUGUGGAGACCGAACAAGUCGGCAAGGAGCUCUUGCAAAAUUGUCGACUGAAGAAGCGCGUCACUAUCAUUCCGUUGAACAAGAUUGAAAGAUCCACAUUAUCUGCUUCAAGACUCCAAGCUGCUAUGAGACUUGCACCCGGCAAGGUCCGCCUCGCUAUGCAGCUCAUCGGAUUUCCAAAUGAAGUUGCCAAUGCCAUGGCGUUCGUAUUUGGCAACACUCUCGUCUGCGAUGAUGCAGAGUCCGCGAAGCUCGUGACCUUCUCUCGCGACGUUGGCGUCCGCUCUGUAACGCUUGACGGCGACGUCUACGAUCCGUCGGGUAUGCUCAGCGGUGGUUCGGCGCCAAGCGGGAACGGCACCCUAAUCAAGGUCCAAGAGCUGCUGGAGAUUGAAGGAAGACUGGGUGAGGCACGAGGCCGCCUUCAGAUGCUAGAACGGCAGGAGCAGCAAGAUAAGGUGGGCCGAGACAAGUGGAAGAGCCUUGUGCGAGAGCUUGAGAUCAAGGAGCAUGAGAUGCGACUUCUCGAGGAACAACUCAACGGUAGCAACGCAGCGAGGGUCGGCGCUGAGGUUGAGAAGGUGAAGGCCAACAUCGCGGACCUCACUGCCGCUGUAGAAGCUGCUAAGCAGAAGCAGAAAGACGCUAAGGAUGAGAUUAAGAAGUUGGAGAAGGACAUGGACGAGUUUAAGAACAAUAAAGAGGGGAAAAUAGAGGAGCUGAAGGCUGAUGUUUCGAAGCAGAAGACAGCUCUUCAGAAACACUCGGUCACGGUCAAGACCCAACAGAAGGAACUUCAGACUGCAUCUUUGGAGCUAGAGCAACUCGAGAAGGACAUCGAGUCGGCGAAAGAGACUAUCACUGAAGCACGCGCUGGUGUAGACAAUCUUCGACAGGAGCUAGAGAAGCUCAGGAAAGAAUUGUCGAAGAGCGAGGAAUCCUUCAAUAAGGCAGAGAAGAAGCUGCAGGAGGAGCGCGCCACCUUGUCGCGGUUCGAUAAUGAGCUUAAGGAGCUCGAGCGUGUGAUCAAGGAGAAGAAGCAAGCCAUCUCAGAUGCCGACCUGCAGCUGAAGAAGCUGGAGCACGACUUGCAGGCACUGGCGAAAGAGAAGACGGCUGCCACGAACUUCAUCACUAACCUAGAGAAGCAAUAUGAUUGGAUAGCGGAGGAGCACGAGUCCUUCGGCAAGCCGGGCUCUCAGUAUGACUUCAGAAAUGUCGAUGUCAGCAGCCUCAGAGAGAAGGCGAAGGAGAUUGAGACGCAGCAGAAGGGCAUGAAGAAGAAGAUCAAUCCGAAGGUCAUCAAUAUGAUCGACACCGUCGAGAAGAAAGAAGCAUCAUUGAAGAAGAUGCUUGGCACCGUACUUAAGGACAAGGAGAAGAUCGAGCAGACCAUCGAAGAACUGGACCGCUACAAACGUGAUGCAUUAGAGAAGACGUGGAGCAAAGUGAACGGUGACUUCGGUGGCAUUUUCGCUGAACUCUUGCCCGGGAAUUUUGCCAAGCUACAACCCCCGGAAGGUCAGGACCUUACCCAAGGUCUCGAGGUCAAGGUUCAGUUGGGUUCCGUAUGGAAGCAAAGUCUCACAGAAUUGAGCGGAGGGCAACGCUCGCUCAUCGCCCUCUCUCUCAUCAUGUCGCUACUUCAAUUCAAGCCUGCUCCGAUGUACAUCCUGGAUGAGAUUGACGCUGCACUCGAUCUUUCACAUACGCAACAUAUUGGGCAACUAUUCCGGACAAGGUUCAAAGGCUCGCAGUUCAUCGUAGUAUCGCUCAAGGAGGGUCUCUUCACCAAUGCCAACGUGCUCUUCCGGACUCGAUUCCGUGAUGGCACCUCCAUCGUAGAGCGCACCGCGCAGCGAUCCACUUCCUCGCUUUACUCAACGGGGGACAGGGAUGGUGAAGAUAGUGAAGCUCGGGCGCCGCGGAGAGUGCGCGGCGGACGUUGACGAUAUAAAGCGACUUCGUAUAUUCUGUACUUACCUUGUGUUGUAUGUGUUGUAUGUGUUCGUUUAUCAUCCUCGUUGUUUGUCGGCAUUCGGAGGCUAGUGUAGCGUAGUAUCAAUG